AUGGACAAGAGUAAAAUGAGACCUCAGAUUCAGGAGAGCGACAUGGAUCUGGCGCACCAAAAUAGGGCCAUCACGCUGACCAUGGAGGCAAUGAAGAGGUACAGGUCGCCGAAAAAGAUCGCCGGCUACAUCAAACAGGGCUUCGAGAAAAAAUAUCAAGGUAGCUGGAACUGCGUCGUCGGACGACAGUUCGGAGUGUGGUUCGAGCCGCAGGUACGGGGUUUCGUUUACUUCUACGUCGGAAAGUACGCCAUUCUGCUGUGGUGCUGA